CACAAUCUUCCAUAUCAAACCAUAACUCACUUAAUUCCUUCUCCAAGAGAUCUCAAGAAGCCCAAGUUACAAAAAUACCUUUCACCAUCAAAUGGCUUCUUCAAUGAAAUCGUGUUUGCUUCUUUCCCUCGCUUUCUCCAUUUCCAUUCACGCCACUUUUGCUGAGGUGAUCUGCGAGAAUCUGCCGGAGAAUCUCUGUGCCUUCGCCGUCGCGACGUCGGGGAAGAGAUGCGCGCUCGAGAGCUACAAGGGCGAGGGAACCGGAAACGUCGUGGAGUACACGUGCACGACUUCCGAGGUGGUGGUGGCUGAGAGACUGGCCGGACGCAUCGAGUCCGACCAGUGUGUGGCCGCCUGCGGCGUCGACCGCAGCAGCGUCGGGAUUUCCUCCGACGCCUUCAUGAUGCCGGAGUUCAUCUCCAGCCUCUGCUCGCCGUCCUGCUACCAAAACUGCCCCAACAUCGUCGACCUCUAUUUUAACCUUGCCGCAGGCGAAGGUGUGUUUUUGCCGGCACUAUGUGAGAAGCAGAGAUCGAACCCACACCGUGCGAUGUUGGAGCUUCUUAGCAGCGGUGGCGCCGCCCCUGCUACGGUGGAUGAUUCCUUUGCUCCGGCUCCGGCUCCAUCAUCUUAUUACUAAUAUAUACAAAUAUAUAAUAUUUAUAUAAUUAUAUAAGUAUAAUUUUGAACUUUUAAUUCAUAAUUAAUGAGAAAAUGAUAUGAGGAGCCAAGGCAUGUAAUUGGUGAAGGAGCUAUUAUAUAUUGAGGGCUGUGUUGGUUUUUUUUUCUUCAUGUUUUUGUGUGGUUUUGUAAUGUUACCAAUUAUUAAUAUUUAUUAAUAUCAUUAAUAUCUUUUUAUUA